AUGGCGCCUCUCAGUGACGAUGCCGGCAUAACGUCUGGCACUGUACCAAGUCAACAGUCCGAUACUAGAAAUCAUGCAUACUAUGGCAGAGGACGUAGGACUAGUUAUGUUCCACAAGAUCUCCAUAUUGCCACCCCCCAAGCUUGCCAUUGUCAUGCCUGUGAACGCAUGCUGACACAAGAUCUUGUAAGUCAGAUCGAAUGUCUCCCUGAACGGGUUUCGGUCGACAAAGCAGGUAACCUAUGCUUUGUCCACGCUUUUAAUCCAUCUUCGCCCGGAUUGGAUGAGACGAUCGCGCAGACAGUUAGGCUCUCGGAUGUAGGCUCCACUCACUCGAUCUCGAACGGAACUGAAAGAGGGGGUUCUGGGCGUGAUAAGGAGAAAAGCUCUCACAGUGUCAAACCUCCAACGACUGCUGCCUCCACCUCUAACUCUUCACAAACAAAACCACCAUAUGGUAAGCAAUCUCAGCAUUGUCGUCUAUAUUUUAAUUGA